GACAUUUCCUCUCAAGUAAUGGAGUCUCGACAAAUCGACGCUACUUCUGACAGUGCUUGAGAAAUACAUCAGGUUAAUUUCCUCCUGGUUCAUAGAAGGAUCUGAACAACCUCUGAAACAAGAUGCCGGUGGCCGUCGGACCUUACGGACAAGCGCAGCCAAGCUGCGUUGACAGAGUGAAAAUGGGGUUUAUGAUGGGCUUCGCUGUUGGAAUGGCAGCGGGGGCCAUGUUCGGAACCUUCUCCUGCUUAAGGAUUGGAAUGAGAGGAAGAGAACUGAUGGGGGGCGUUGGGAAGACCAUGAUGCAGAGUGGGGGCACAUUCGGCACAUUCAUGGCAAUUGGAAUGGGAAUCCGCUGCUAGAGGAAACCCCUCCGACACGGUCACAUCAUGCAGGACUCUUCAAAAUAAUUUUUUACCUUUUUCCCGAUGCCACCCUGAUAGUAAAUACAAAGAUGCUGGAGGAAUACACACUGAAUAAAGACUGUGAUUUAAAACA